UUCAAUUUGCAAUUGGUGGUAAUUUUUUAAAAUCGUAUAAAAAGGUGGGUAAUUCUGCAAAACUGUAUCAUUUGUAGACAAAUCAUCCUACAAAAUGGCAUUUAAGUUUGUAAUCUUGACAACUCUUUUGGCUGCUGCUAAUGCUGGUUUAAUCGGAGCACCGAUUGCUACGACAUACUCAGCAGGAAUUGCUCCUCUAUCCGGUCCAUUGUUGAGAUCUGCUCCGUUGGCUUAUGCCACCCCCAUCGCCCGCCAAGUAGGCGCCCCGGUGGCCCUUGCCAAGACCGUUGUCCAAGAAGAAUACGACCCCAACCCCCAAUAUUCUUACGGUUACGACGUACAAGACUCCCUAACCGGAGACAAUAAGAACCAAUACGAAAACCGCCAAGGGGACGUAGUGCAAGGAAGUUACUCACUAGUAGAUGCUGACGGACUCCGCCGUACCGUUGACUACACCGCCGAUCCAAUCAACGGAUUCAACGCCGUCGUACGCAGAGAACCUCUGGUAGCAAAAGCCGUUGUUGCCGCUCCUACUAUCGCCAAAGUAGCCACCCCAAUAGCCAGAUUUGCGGCUCCCUUGUCUUACUCCGCUCCACUCGCACCUCAGUUGGCAUACUCGGCUCCAAUUGCCAAAGUAGCCGCUCCUUUGGCCUAUUCCACCUCCGUGUUGCACUAAUUUGUUAAUUGAAUUUAUUUAUUUGUAAUAUACCUAGUUUGGC